AUGUUUCAACAAUUACUAAGAUCGACCAAAUUACACCCAAAAACAUUUAAACUAAUUAGAAAUUAUUAUACUGUAAAACGAAAAGCAAUCAAUGACGAGCAUUAUGUAGCGAAACACAUCACACAACACAUUCAAGCAAAAGGGCCCCUCACAGUAGCUGAAUACAUGAGGGAAGUUUUAGUGAAUCCAAUGGCAGGAUAUUAUAUGCACAAAGACAUGCUUGGUGAAAGUGGAGACUUCAUUACUUCACCUGAAAUAACUCAAAUGUUUGGAGAAAUGAUCGCAGUUUGGCUGAUAAAUGAAUGGCAAAAAGCAGGAUCACCUAGACCUAUCCACAUUAUUGAACUGGGUCCAGGAAGGGGAACUUUAAGUAAUGAUAUCCUGAAUGUGUUCAAUCAUUUCAAAGUUUUGCAUAAGGCAAGCUUACAUCUUGUUGAAGUUAGUCCAUUCUUAAGUAGUGCUCAAGCUAGAAGGUUGUGCAUACAAAGCAAUUUGACAACAAAUGAUGGUCCAGCUUACAGAAGAGGCAUAUCACACCAUGGUAUUCCUGUGUUUUGGUAUAACCAGCUAGAAGAUGUACCUCCUGGGUUUACUUUACUUAUUGCUCAUGAAUUUUUUGAUGCUUUACCCAUCCACAAAUUCCACAAAGUUCAUGGCAAUUUCAAAGAAGUAUUAAUUGAUAUUGAUACUAAAGAUGAUCCAGACAUAAAAGGAGAAUACAAAUUCAGAUAUGUCCUUUCUAGAAAUGAUACCCCAAUGUUACAAGUCUUGAUCACAAAAGGAGAAACUAGAGAUCAUGUUGAGGUAGCACCAGAUAGUAUACGCAUUAGCAAGCUGAUUGCUGAAAGGAUAAAGAAGUUAGGUGGAGUAGCACUAAUAUGUGACUAUGGUCAUUUUGGAACUGGUACAGACACAUUUAGAGCAUUCAAACAGCACAAACAAGUAGAUCCUCUUAUGAUGCCCGGUACAGCAGACUUAACAGCUGAUGUGGACUUCAAAUUACUUUGUGAGAGCUUCAAUAGCGUAAAAGAUGUUUUAUGCCUGGGUCCUGUUACACAAAGAGACUUCUUAUUAGAAACAGGACUAGAAUAUCGAUUUGAAGCAUUGAAAAAUACCAUAAAAGAUGCGAAGCAUAUUGCUAAUCUAACCAAUUGUUAUAACUAUUUGACUGACAAUGAUAAAAUGGGUGAGAGGUUCAAGUUCCUUGCAGUAUUUCCAUCUGUUAUGAAAAAGAUUUUUGAACGUUGUCCUGUGAUAGGAUUCCAAGCUGCUGUCCAUUAA